AAUGGAAACGUUAAAAAGGGGAAAUGAUUCGGACUCGGAUAUUGAAGAAAUUGAGAGACUAUCGAAAAAAACGAAAAUCGAAGGCAAUUCUAGAGGGCAAACUGUAGGAUUCCUGGGCGUGAAAAACGUUAUAAAAAAACAGGCAAUACUAUUUGCCAAAAAAAUGCCGAAUGAAAAUGAAAAGAAAAUUAAAUAUGAAGCUGAACAUACAAGAACAAGAACCUUUAAGACGAACAAUAAUACUGAUAAAAAAGAAAAUGCUGAAGAUUCUUUGCUUCUCUUAUCUGAGAGGCUGAGACCAAAGAAAAUAUCAGAUAUUAUUGGUCAGGAUGAUAUCUUGGGAGAAAAUUCUUUAAUACCAACACUUUUGAAGGGUAUGACAAUUCCUUCUAUAAUAUUUUGGGGUCCUCCAGGCUGCGGAAAGACUACGUUGUCUCGUAUAUUGAUUGAUCAUGCGAAAGGUUCAGGCAAUUGUCGCACUGCUCAACUCUCAGCAGCCUCUUGUAACAUUUCAGAUAUUAAGGGAGUAAUUAAGUUAGCGAGAAAUGAUUGGGCAUUUUCAAAGAGAAAAACUUUAUUGUUUGUAGAUGAAAUUCAUAGACUAAACAAACUACAACAAGAUGCUUUUUUGGCUUCUGAUUUUGAGAGUGGAGUUAUUAUCUUAGUUGGUGCUACAACCCAAAAUCCAUCAUUUUAUCUUAAUAAUGCAUUAUUAAGUCGCUGUAAAGUGAUAACUUUAAAUACAUUGUCUAUAGAUAACAUGAUAUCAUUGCUAAAGAAGGCAUGUUCAAAGUUAAACCUUCGCUUGGAAAAUGAGUGUAUGGAGGAAAAUAAUGAACAAUCAAAAAUUCAAAUAACAGACAAAGCUCUAAAGUUAGUUGCAAUUUAUAGUGAUGGCGAUGCUCGAACUGCUCUAAAUAAUCUGGAAUGUUUAAGUAAAUGCAUAAUGGAGAAACACAAAGAUCUUAUAGAUGACCAAUUCGUAAAGGAUUAUCUAUCUGUUAAAAAAGUAACCUAUGAUAGAAACGGUGAGGAACACUACAACUGCAUAUCAGCUUUCCAAAAAUCAAUAAGAGGAUCGGAUGAUAACGCAACAAUUUAUUGGCUUACUAGAAUGCUUGAAGGUGGAGAAGAUCCGCUGUUCAUAGCGCGAAGAAUGGUUGUAAUAGCAAGUGAAGAUGUUGGUUUAGCAGAUGCGAAUGCUCUACCACUGGCUGUAAGCGCUCUACAAGCUUGCCAAGCCAUCGGUCUUCCAGAAUGUUCAAUAAAUUUAGCCCACUGCGCAACUUACUUAGCAAGAGCUAGAAAGAGUGUUGAAAGUUACAUGGCUUAUAAACAAGCCCAACUCCUUAUAACUGAGCGUGAUGACUUACUUCCAGCCGUUCCGUUGCAUCUACGAAAUGCGUCAACGCAACUAAUGAAAGAUCUUGGCUACGGUAAAGGAUAUACUUAUUUCUCCGGUGAAGAUCCCCAAGGUAGCAAGCAGACUUAUUUACCUCCGGAGUUGCAAGAUGUUAAUUUCUUCAAGAAAAACUAG